CUCAUUGAGUUUGUUGCAAUGAACACGAAUCACAUACUCUCUGAGUUCAAACACAAGAACAAAUCUAUCACCUUCACCAAGCUUAUGGUGAAAAGGAUUUUCAACGUGCCAUCCGGUGAUAGACCCGUGAAGCUUCUAAAGAAGAGUGAUGAACAUGAUCUUCGCAGCAUCUACAAGGAGGGGAACAGGGCUCCAAUCGCCCAUGUUGUCAAGUUGCUCACUAGUUGCAGUGAGGAGGACGUGGUUAUGAUAAAUAGGACUUGGGCACUCCUUGCGUUGGCAACAGUUUUGUGCCCAGGCACGGGCAAUAUGGUGAAUCUCGAGUAUCUUGCUUCCCUUGAAGAUAUGUCUUUGGUGCAUGAAUUCGCUUGGGAUGAGCACUUGUUGGCACGAGCUAUGGAGGAGGUUGGAGUCUUUCAAGAGAAGAAGAGGAUGCAAGCAAACACAGAAAAAGAGUUUCAGAUUGCUUCAUGCAUUCCCAUGUUAGCGAUCAUAUACAUGGAUCAUGUUGAUAUCCCGGCUGGCCUCCCAAAUGAGCAUGCUAUUGAUUAUUCCGUGCCAAGGAUACGUUUUGUUUGUCAAAAGGAUUUUGAGUGGUUGGAUAAAGUUGACAAAAACAAGCUCACUCUUGUCCAACCUUUCUACGGGAAACACACCCAUAUCCGGAUUUUGUGCAACACCCCCUAUGCAGCACAACUUGUGGGACAGGAAGUUGGUGCUGAAGCAGCUAGUGGGAAGGGAGUUGGUGCUGAAGCACCUAGUGGCCAAGGAACUAGUGGCCAAGGCAGCCAAAUUCAAGGUGCUGAAAUUCAAGCAGAGGACUCUCAAUCAAAUGAGGCUCAAUAAAAUGUUGAUGUUGAA